CCGACAACGCAGGUAUGCGGCGGGUAUGGAGUAAAAGUUGAACGUCGGCUCGAAACUCAUGUUUGAGCACAGCUUCUGGAAAUGUGGAAACGACAUGGCUCAACGUCCUUCGAUUCUGCCGACCCGUUUGAAACAUUGCUCGUCAGUGAAGCCUGUAGCCGCUGGAGAUUUUAGCGAACCCUGUAGCAACGAUGGCGACCAACCCAGUGAUGGACCGCAUGCGGAUGAGGCGGAUCAUCGCAGAAGAUCCAACAUGGUCCCUGGAUCUCAUCCCUGCUCUGUCCACCCUUUGUCUGCAAAGUAUUGUGACCAACUUUGAAAGAAACCCUGUUUUAGAAGACCUUCCAGUGAACCAGAGGACCUUUGUCCUGGACCAGCUGUCUCCUGCCCUCCCUCUGAGAGUGACUGCCAACUAUAUUGCCGACGGAGUUUACUGGAAGCGAUGCUGCCAGCUGCGGUGGGGCGUCUGCGACCUGGCCGCUUACGGCCACAGCUGGAAGCGCAUGUACAUGGAGAAGCACCUGGAGCACAUGAUCGAGCACUUUGUCCCGGGACUCACUGACCCGAAGAACAUCGUAAGCUUGGUUCCUCUGUGCAACAGCUACAUCUCAAGGCUGGAGAUCACCCAGCUGCUGCCACCGGUCAAAGAGCAGCUGAGGAAAGGGCGAAAUAAUGCCUUUCCACAGAUCGACCACUUUGACUUCAGGAUCCUGCUGGCAAAGCUGACCAGUCUGGAGGAGUUGGACAUCACCUACAGGGUCAAGCAGUGCGGGAUGAACUUUGAAUGGAGCAUGUUUGAGGUGACCAACAGAGACUGUGAGUACCUGGCUGAGGCUGUGGAGUCCUGCAAGACCUUGAAGUUCCUGCGGCUCAGCAACAGCCACCUCCGGGACGAACACUGUCGCACACUCGUCAAACAACUCUACAACCAUCCCACACUGAUCCACCUGGAUUUGUCUUACAACCUGAUCGCGGAUGUCGGCGGCAAAGCCGUCGGCAAGCUGCUGACCAGGUGCAAGCUGGAGACAGUCACGCUUAUCUACAACAACAUCGGGGAGCGAGGAGCCGAGGUCCUCGCCACCGCCCUGACCAAGAAUACCACGCUUCUAUCCCUCAACCUGCGCCUGAACCAGAUCAAAGAUGUCGGCGGUCAGGCCAUCUGCGAGGCCUUGCUCAGGAACAACGUGCUUCUCCAUCUUCACUUGGGAGCCAACCAGCUAACGUGGAUAACGGCUGAAGCUCUGGCCAAAGUGCUGAAGCACAAUCAGACCCUGAAGAGCAUCAACCUCUCCUGCAACAAGCUGGGCCCGGAGGGGGGCAGAGUGCUGCAGGAGGCCAUCGCCGAAAACACCACCCUCACUGAGUUCGACCUCAGCAAGACGGACAUCGACCAGGAGAGCGCCGACUUCAUUGAGCAGGUGGUUUCAUCCAAUCGCCUUGCAGACAAAAAGAAACAGAGUUAGAGGAAGAUGAGAGGAGACGCAAACUCCAGCUAAAAGGGGUUCACAUCUUCACUGUUAAGUGGGAAAAUGUACACAAUAUUAGGCGACUUUAAUUAUCGCUACAUGGCGUUGGGUUUUGUUGGUGUCGCCAAGGUUACGUCCUGAGGGGCUAAUGCAAUAAAGUGCCGGCUCGCUGCUAUUUAAGGCUGCCAGUGACUCAACCCUUCCAUUAAACCCAAGCAUCACCGAGCGCAACUCUGAUAUCCGUUGAUUUGUUUUCCCCAAACACAACAGCAAAUUAAGCGCUUGUUUAACGAGAUCAGACACAUCUCAGGUUGGAUUUAUUCCAGAAACCAGUGCUGCACACAACAAUGGGCCGUUUGUGACUUUAUUAGCCAUGUAAUAAGACGCACACACCAAAGAGCAACAAAUAAAAACACGACUGCACUUCUGCUCUCAUGUACGGCCGGACUCGAGCGACCUCGUCUGCAGUGACCUUUAAGUGUGAGUGACACAUUCAUCGGAGGCUCCGAGGUCAACCUUUUCAUCUCAAGUUUAUCUACAUUCUGUUGCCCGCCUGUCAAUCUGAAAAACACACCAACAAAGAGACCAGAUGAUUCUGUGGCAGCACGUCUGGUCCACCCUGCACACGGUAAAGGGUUUUGCUUUCAAACUCAAGUGGCUAUGCAUCAGCAGAUGACAGCAGUAAAUAAGUGCAUCACCUCUAUGUUCUCGUCUCCAAGAUGGAGCUCAGUAGUGAAGAUAGUUGGGUGGUGAUUUGGUUUAUACACAGAAGCAACUUGGUCUAGUUCGCCUCGCAGGUUAUUAGUUGCUGCCAGGAGAGUGUUGACACUCAAGACCACAAACUAAACCUUUGGCUGGUCACUUUUUAGAAGAGUGGGAGUAGCGUUAUCGGCAUCUCUCUCCAUAAGAAGAAGAGAUGGGCUUACAUUAUACAAGAGACGGGAUGCACUUUGCUGGACCAGCGGUGAUGAAACAAGCCUGUAGAAGCAAAGAUGUAAAAUGAACACAUAUUUUACAUGUCAGUGACCAAUCUGUCUGCGUAUCUCUUGCAGCUCUUGGCACUAAACUGCAGUUUUGGAAGUGGUUAAUCUUUCACGACAGCAAUCGUAAAACUAGUUCCCAAAAUAGCACCAUUUCUUGCUGUUCAUUUGAUGUUUUUAUCCACUUAGUUCACUAUCAUCGAGGUGUAGCCACAAAUGGUCAUUAGAGCGACGGCGGGGGUUUCUGUUAUCGCAGACUGGAGCGCCCCCAUCUGGGUUUUAACAGCCGGGUUAUUUCCAGGCUUAGAUAGGUUAGGGCUCAGGAUGAACACGAGGUUAGAUUAUGCUUACUUACCGCGUAAUCUGUGAUGAAAUGAUCGCUUUGCUUUCCCCAGUAAACAUACCAGAAGAGGAAAUUACAUCAUGGUGCGAAACCAUUCGUGCCUGGUCUAUUAAACGCGACGGAAACCACCCAAUUUGUGUUAUUGUGUCGUGACGGGAAUGUCCGAUCCUGAGCUGGACCCUUCUCUGUUAUUCCGAGAUUAAAAGAAGGCGAUUAUGACCAAUGAUUCAUGUAUUCAUCCACGUUCAUUAUGAAGACUUUCCAUUCAGGGCAUUAAAAAUAUUUGUAGUUGUCAAGAUUAAUCAUAAAAGUCCAGGGUUCUCGCAAGUUCUUGGACAGCACAGGGUCCUCCUACGACAGACCUGUGUAAAGUACGGCCCAGGGGCCAUAUGCGGCCCUUUGCCUGUGUUUUUGCGGGCCUCAUAAGGUCAGACUAAAACUAUACAACUGUUAACUUGUCAUUUUUUUAUACCGUUUCAGUAACAGUAAAUACAACACAUUCCUGACAAAAAUCUUUGUUUCUUCUUUUUGUUUGUCACUUUAGUAUUUUCCUCAAAAUGAAAUUCGAUGAAAGACAUUGCCGCCUUUCUUUUGGCAUGAUGGCCCCUCACAACCGUCACAGGUUACAAUAUGGCCCUUUAGGAAAUUUAACUGCCCACCUCUGACCUACAACGACCGCCUGACUACUAAAAUAAGAGCAAGUAGAUGGUCCCACAUCACUAUGACGACAACAAACUGGGUUAAAACGGUGUCUGGUAUCAUUAAAUGUGGCAACCAGUUGAAAACACAUUCAUAAUCUAAUACAUUGUGCCAGUCGCUCUGAUCAACAGCUUCAUCAGGACCGGACGCAUCUGACCGCAGGCAGCCAUAUAAUAUUCUUGGUUCUUGGAAGUCCUGUGGUUUGGGAGUUUUAAUGGCCGUAAUGACAGAGACAUGUGCUUUUAUUGGUUACUGAUGUUCCUGAGCUCAAGCAUGCUUUGUGAUUCCUCUUAUCCAAAGUAAACAGGCGUCUCUCACAGUAAUGAGUUUGGCAUUUCAGCGUCGAAUUAGACUCCUGACUUCAACAAAUAUUGUCUUUCAGUUAAGGUUCCCCGGAACAGUUCAGCACAAUUGUGAUUAUUAAUGUUUCUGUGAAGCGGUGCAGAAGUCUCCCAAGACUCAGAUUCAGUUUGAAAAUAUGUGUAUUUCUGCUCACGAAAGUUUUAAAGUCUCCCUGUCGUGUAAUUGAAUCUGACAGUAUCAGUAGUGAGUCCAGGCCUAUUUUCAGUGGCCAGCUCUCUGGCUGUCUCUUCGAUAAGCAUCAGUAGCCGUGGUGACGGCGGAAACCAGCGAUUUAAGAUCUGAAUUAGAUGAUGAAGAGAAAUGAGUAAUUGAAUUGGCCGCACUAGUCAUAUGGAGAGAGAUUGCAGUUAGAAUUGGAGAGAAAACAAAGACGAUGUUUGUUUGGCUGCUGCGGACUGCUUUGCUUUUUGCACUUUUAGAGCCCAUCUUUCGUUUGUCCAGUCCGUGUGAUGUUUAUCUCAAAUUCCUUUUAAAUACGGACCUCCCCAUUUUGAGCCUCUGACUUCUAAACUGGCAGUUUAAAUGGAAGUAUGUGAAUUGUUUUUUCAUCAUCUCUCUUGACCCAGUGGCUCCACCUCAAGCUCAACAUGCUAACCCCUCCACAAACUUGCUAAUGACUUCAGCGGAGGUUUCAUUAUAUCUUUAGUCUCCUGAGAUAAACGGAGAUAUCAUGAUGCGUUUGGACAGUGUCAGACCUCCACUCUUUAGCAUUAGUCCUGCAUGACCCAAAGCAGAUGUCCUUCUUCAUCAUCAGUCUCCUUUAGAGUCAAAUUUCUGCAUCCAUAAUUAAGUUUUAUGGACAUUUGAUGUCUUAAGUACCAGUCUGAUUGAAUGAGUUUUACCUUGGGACGUUGGGUCAAACCACGCUAUCGGAGGACCUCAGUAAUAUUAAUGGAUUCUGACUGGAUCAGAAAUGUCAGUGAAAAGUGGGAGGGGUCAAUCCACUGACACUCGGCCAGUGUGAGCGUCACUACAUCUUGAUCCAUCGAACACUGCUGUAACCCUAACAAUCUCUGUGGUGCCUAUGUUGUGCCUGAUUUUGUAUCGGUCAAAAGAAGCCUUGCAUUCAGGCCACUGCACUGCACCCCAAUGAUACAGGGUACAAACGUCCCCUGCUCCAUUUGGUCGUCCAUGCACAUGGAAGGAAACUAUCUGUGAAACUAUCUCAGGUUGGGGCAAACGCAGGUUUCAAAUUCCACUUGCAUUGUCUGGGGUCAUUUGCCUGCACUCUUAAGCAAACAGUUAAAGUACCGGUCUUUCCUGACACCCGGGGGAAAGCCUCGCUGACAUUUGGACUGGACUAAAAUAAUGAUUAACCUGACAACGCUAGGUGAAACCAGUCGGAUCACAAUAGGUCUGAAUUUCAUGUUUUGGUUCACCACUGUAGCAGCAAUCAUUUACAGGCCUGGAUUAUACUACAGAUUUGUUUAUCACAGAAAAUCAAAAAGCAUUUGUUCAGAACUUGAAAUGGCAAGUGUAAGCGUAUCACGUCACAUCAAUCUGAAGGGAGAACAUCACUGAUGUCAGAAUUGUUAAAGAUAGUACCAAACACUUGACAGGUGCGAGAGUGAAAGGUCAGCCUGAGUAAGAGAAAAGGUUUGAUGCUCAGAAAGUGUCAUAAGGAGGUUUCCACGCACGAGCCGUUUCUGUGCAGCGAGCGGUGAUCAUGGUUCAGGCAGCCCUCGUUGUUGUGCACAAUGAGAACAGGGAAGUAGAGCGCGUCCUGGUAGGCGGGCGGGUUCUCCUCGCUGGCCUGCUGACUCGACAGACAGCUUGUGCUCUCUGUGGGACAGCGAGUCUCAUUCAGGCUUCCGCUGCUCCU